AUCGGACCUCUCUUAUCCCCCGCCGUGAGCCACCAACGAACUCAGGUGGGGGAUGAUGUUGCCGCGGAUGCUGGCUCCUCGUCGUAGACGGACGAAUCUCGCGUCAGUGCGGAUCAGAAGCGGACACUCGGGAUUGUAGUAUUUCUCAACACUUUCCAGCGCGUUCAAAGUUACUUUAAGAUCUUGAGUCUCUUCUUCUAAGUGAGAUUUUAAUCAACAAUGCAGUGGAAGAAGUAGAAGAGAAGAAGAAAAUAGAAUUUUUGUGGAAGGAGAAAAAUCAUCAUCGAGAAAAAAAGGAAGAGAUCGAGAGUUUCUAACUCUCCACCUGAGCUGUCGCGUCGAUGCCGCGUAUCUCGUGCUUGGAUAGCGCGGGACCUCGUCUCGUUUCGAGGACGAAUAAAUUCCUGAUAACAGUAGUAUCAUCGAACUCGUCUUACUUGAGUCCUGCACCAUGACGAGCUCCUCUCUCGAUGGAUCCAACGUGCUCCACUGUCGACCGACUCCUACGACUUCGCUGCCCCUGGCAGCUUUGGAUUUCUCAUCCUUGAACGAGUAAUGACGAUGAUAACUCUUCACGUCUACUUAUCAUGCACUAUAAAAUAUCACGAGGCAAUGCUACAGUAGAAUAUCGAAUCACAUAUCAUGGAGGCAGUAGUUAUUUUCAUAGGAGUCCUUACUGUACUGGUUUUAUGCGUGAACGAACCUGUCAAAGGCAUUCCCGGACAGUGUAUGUUACCUCUCGGCAUGGAAGAGGGAAGGAUUCCCGACGACGCUAUUACUGCGUCUUCGAGUUACGAAAUGAAAUCUGUGGGGCCGCAAAAUGCAAGAUUACGGCACGAAAAAAAUGGCGGAGCUUGGUGCCCAAAAGCACAAAUCAGCAGUGCUAUACGAGAAUAUUUGGAAAUCGAUCUUACAAAAAAUCACCUUAUUACGUGGACUGAAACUCAAGGACGUUUCGGUAACGGUCAAGGUCAAGAAUAUGCCGAAGCAUUCUUUCUCGAAUAUUGGCGCGAUUUAAAAUGGCAUCAAUAUAAAAAUCUUAAAAGGGACAAAGUAUUACGAGGAAAUAGCAAUACAUAUUUGGUAGAGAAGCAGAAAUUAGACUUACCGUUCGUAGCGAGCAGAGUACGAUUCGUUCCGUACAGUCAACAUCCUCGUACCGUCUGUAUGCGUGUAGAAAUUUAUGGCUGUGUGUGGGAACAACAUAUCGUAAGAUACGUAAUACCCGCGGGUGAUUCAUUCGGACCAAACGGAUCCAACGUGGAGGAUUCUUCCUAUGACGGUACAGAGGCUGAUGGUAUUUUAAGAAAUGGGCUUGGUCAAUUGAUCGACGGGAUUUUCGCGGACGAAUCUGAAGCGAUGACCUCUUCCAGCGGCACGAAUUGGGUCGGAUGGAGCAAUCGAGAUAACGUACAAUUGAUCUUUGAGUUUGACGAUGUCCGUGAAUUUGUCAACUGUAGCAUACACGUAGCGAAUUUACCACAACACGAUAUCGAGAUAUUCUCAGAAGUUUCUGCAUGGUUCUCUUUCGAUGGUAUUGAUUAUGAUCCAACGGAAGCAACAUUGCGAACAACAGAUGACAUAAAAGUCGGCACUAGUCUUUCAACGAUCCUGUUACCAACGCGAAUUGGCAAAUUUGUUAAAUUGGAACUUAAACCCAAAUCCAAAUGGUUACUCCUCAGCGAGAUCACUUUUGAAACAGUUGUAGGUACAAGGAAUUUAUCGAAUGAGUCGACUAAUCAAAUAAUCAACGAUGAUGUGAAUGACAUCGAAUUGAGUGUGGACGUUGCUGAGAAAUCCAACAACGAUUUCAACGAGACGAUUUACGAACAAAAUGAUUCUAACUUAACGCCCGACGCCUUUCCAGUUAAUAAUUCUCAAACUUACAUCGGUCUCGUGAGUGGUGCAUUGACAGUGAUAGCCUUGCUUCUAACUUGUACGAUAUUUUUGAUGAAACAAAGAGGACGCAACAAAGUGGCUCUCUUGCAAAAGCACACGGCUUUGUUAUGUGGUUCCUCAGCACCAGGCAUCACGAUUAACAUGAAGGAUGUUAAAUUAGCUACUCCAAUCGUUGUCAAUGGCUUGUCUCAAUCACGAUUAUCAGUCAAAAGCAAAACUGUUACGAAUGACGACGAAAGUAUUCGUGGUACAACCGAGAGACGUAAUUCGGAACGAAUUUACGAACGCUCCAGCGCCUACGAGAAAACUUACAAAGUUUUCUCGGAAGACAAUCAUGUUUACGAUGGGCGAUCUCAUCAAAGUGAAUUAUUGUCGUCAAUAGAUUAUAAUGCCGAUUACACUGACUUCAACAGCGAGUGUAACUUUUCAAGUUACAAGUUAGGAAAUCGCGUGGUAUCUACGCCUUUUCCGGUAAAGAAGUCAAAAUCGACACAGUCGGGAAAAAUCAAUCAUAAAGUUUACGAAGGCUAUUAUGCUGCGACUGAUAUUCUCACGAUCAAAAGACGUGAACAGUCUUCCGUAUUCAGUCUCUUUACACCUUUACAUAUCAGAGAUAACAGUCAUUGUGCCAAUAAUCGAGAUUCUUGCGACAUUCCACGGAUUUCUAGACAUAGAUUAAGAAUUCUUGACAAGCUUGGCGAAGGAAGUUUCGGAUUGGUACAUCUUUGUGAAGCUAAAGGUAUUCAAAAUCCAGAUGUUGGAAGUAUACGAAACCGACAAGUUGUUAUAGUUCGCUCCUUGUGGCGUGGAGUCGUAGAUUCUCUGAAGAAAGACUUCACGAAUGACAUGCAUUUUUUGGCAACCAUUCGUGAUGUUAACAUCGCAAGAAUAAUCGCUUUGGUUGAGGAAGAACCUUUCGGUGCUGUGUUUGAAUACGGCGAGUUAGGAGAUCUUCCAAGUUUUUUGGAAGAUCGCCGCAAGUCUGAAAACGAUGCAUCAUUAAACUACGAAUGCUCUUUAAAUUUCAUCAUGCAAAUCGCCUCAGGAAUGAAGUACCUCGAGAAUUUGAACAUACCCCAUCGCGAUUUGGCAGCCAGAAAUUGCAUCGUGAAUCAAAAUUUAUCAGUAAAAGUGUCCGACCAUGCUAUAUAUUGCAACAAAUAUGAUAACGUCUAUUACGUUGAUGGAUGUUAUAGAAAAAUACCGCUUCGUUGGAUGGCCUGGGAAGCGGUGAUAUUGGGUAAACAAUCUUGUCGAGCCGAUAUUUGGUCGUAUGCGAUAACAGUCUGGGAGAUCUUAACAGAAUGCAAGGAAAUACCCUACUCAGAUUUGACCUCGGAACAAGUAUUAGAGAAUUAUGAUCGUUGGUAUAAUCAUACGGGCUACAAUAGCAGUGGUACCAGUGAAAAGAAUCAACCUCGAGUACUGCCUCAACCAUUAUGCUCCUCCGCCGAUUUAUAUCACAUGAUGGUCAAGUGUUGGAGUAAACAGCCCGAAAACAGACCGACGUUCGAGGAGAUCUACCUCUAUUUAAAGAGACUGGCUUUCGAUUAAAAAAGAACGCUCCAUGAGACUCGCUCCAGCAGCGCGGACCAAAUUAAUUACAAUCAGCUAAGAUGCAUCCUACUUAUUUGCCUCUAUCUUUCUAUUACGAUGAUCGUUCAAUUAUUAUUCCCGUGUGUGAAUUUUUUCACUUACACAUCAUCAUUCACACUUCUCCUUUAAAGUAGGAUGCUCUGGCCCUUAACAUAUAAUGCUCAUCUAGGUUUAUCUAAUUCGAUCCUCUAUUAUUAUAAUACUUAUAAAAUUAAGGAUUCGGAUAAACAGAAACUUUUUUAUAAAAAAUUAGUGUGAUUGUUCUUCAUUUUAGCAUUUGUGAUUUGAGAACGUCUCACACGCUUUUCAUAUAACUAAUAUCGUAAGAUAAUAGUUUAAUAAUGAUAUGCAGUUCUCGCGCAUUAUUAAUAACCAUUUUAACUUUUAAAUGCUGCAUGCGUUUAAUUGAACGGCCUAGCGUAUUUAAAUCCGAAGAUAGAAAUUUGAGUUCGGCCGUAAAUAUGACGAACCUGCAUGUGCGCGUGAACUUAAUAUUAAUAUUAACAUAUUUCGAAUCGUUACACUUUUGCCAAUUCCAUUGAACAUAUUACUAAGAUAUAGUAUAUACGAAAGUAUAUAGCGAAAGUAAUGCUAUAAACAAAUGGGAAAACUAUCUAAUAUAUAUACAUAUACAUAUAUAUAUUAGAUAGAAAAAAAAAAUAUAUAUAUAUAUAUUCAUAGCUUUCUAUGUGCAUAUACAUACGUAUACACGUGUAUAUGUAUGUGGAUGCAUAGAGAAAGUAAAUAUAUAGCUAAACAAUUCUGUGAACUAUCAUCUUCUUGCUAAAACUAAAACUGUGGCUCUUUAGCAUGUAAUUUUUAUAAGAUUAUCAUUGAAUGGCCGCCUUGUAUAUGCGAGAGUCCUUCGAUCGUGCACUUAGUCACAAGAAAAUAAAACUAUAAAAGGAUUAUUUUUUCCUGAAUCCUCAAUGUAAGUAAAAGCAAAGUCGUCAAGCGAAUAAUAAUAAUAAUAAUAAUAAUAAUAAUAAUAAUAAUAAUAAUAAUAAUAAUAAUAAUAAUAAUAAUAAUAAUAAUAAUAAUAAUAAUAAUAAUAAUAAAAAAUAAUAAUAAUAAUAAUAAUAAUAAUAAUAAUAAUAAUAAUAAUAAUAAUAAUAAUAAUAAUAAAUCUUCACUUCUGGACCUUUUGCCUUAAUAACGACGAUUGGAAAGGCAAAAUACUUCGUUGACCUUUUCUCGGACCUAAGGAACGAAGUACGCCACUAUAGAUGAAAAUGGACAAUCAAGUUUGCAAAGUUAUCGUUUUAUAAAUUGUGCAAUAUUUUAGAAUACUAAAUGUUAAUUAAUUUACUAAGACAUUGUUUCCAAUCUCAUUCGUUUGAAAACUUUUAACUUCUUCAUCGAAUGGUAUUAGGUAUUAUAUUAUUCCUUAUAUUGUCGAUGUAUACAGCGCGGAUGAAAGAAAAAAAGAACAAAAAUUAAAAAGGAGCGUGAAAACCGGCACGCGUAAUGCGUAAGCAUACUUAUGCGGGGUCAUUCUCCUAUACAUUUCUCUAUGAUGGUAACUAUUUUAUCGACUUUUAUCAAACAUUUCAUAUGCUCGUAGGUGUAGUAAUCCAAAUUUGUAAUAUGAGUCAUGUGUAUCCCAUUAAAAAUUAUAUUCUUAAUAUUUCCAGUGUUAUAAUCAAUAAAAAUUGUUAUAUCAUGUAAA